AGUAGAUAUAAACUGACUGCCUUCUGGCACUGGGAUGUGCGACACACUUCCAAAUCGUGUCUAAAUAAACCUAAUGAUAAAAAACAAGGCAAAGAGUUGGGUGGAAAAUUAUAUCACGUCUAGCUCUAGGUCAUAGAUACGUUUUGUAUAAACGUGGGUAUUAGAUACUUUAGACUAUCGACUACACCAUCAUCAUCAUCAGUUUUGUUGUUCAUUUUUGUGUGUUCGGAAUCAGUCAUGCGUUUCGCGCAAUUAGUCAAUUGAAUGAUAUUUCGCUCUGAUGUCUAAUCUAAUGCCAAAUUAUACUUUCGUAGUCGGUCGUUGGGUCGUCGUCGUCGUUAUCGUUGUCGUGGAGGUAUUCGCAUAGGUACCUCGCCUUCCGGUGAUCAUAUUGACUCAAUAUACUAAUAGUGGGAGUGCUUUUCCGACAGAAAAAUAAAACACACACAAUAAAAUUUUGCACAGUUUUACUGAGAUUUUCGAAGAAGUUCAAGUGUAACAAGUUGUUAGCUGAGGUUUCGAUACAAUACAGAAUGGGGAUAUUUUUUGAUAUUACUCACAUUUUAGAUAGUAAAUCUAAAUAUCGCCUCAAUGUGCCCUACAGUGCUCCUAAGAAAAUUAACUGGUGGUUUGCACCUUUUUUCGUGGCCAUCUGGAUUGUCCUAUACUGUACAGUUGUUUUGAAUUUAUCAAUUUUACUGCCAACACCAUUGACUCUGAAAGAUGAACCCAAUGCUCCGGAUCGUUUUAUUGGUGAGCGAGCCUAUUCAAUACUCGAGGGUUUGGUCAGCCUUGGACCACGAAUUGUCGGAAGCGAAGCCAAUGAAGUGCAAACUGUUGAGUAUUUGCUGAACGAAAUCGAGAAAGUUCGGGAACAGGCAAAUACUGAAUACUUCGAUAUAGAAUCCGAGGUUCAAACUGUUUCGGGCAGUUAUAUGCAUUGGACCAUGGUCAAUAUGUAUCAGGGAGUCCAGAAUGUUGUUGUUAAAUUGAGUGCGAAGAGUUCCAAUAGUUCAUCGUAUUUGCUUAUCAAUAGUCAUUUUGAUUCGGUGCCGGGCAGUACUGGCGGAGGUGAUGAUGGAAGCAUGGUGGCGGUAAUGUUGGAGAUUAUGAGGGUUAUAGCAAAUUCCAGUGGACCAUUGGAACAUCCUAUUGUGUUUCUAUUCAAUGGAGCCGAGGAAAAUCCCCUACAGGCAUCCCAUGGAUUUAUAACACAACACAAGUGGGCGAAAAAUUGCAAGGCUCUUAUAAACUUAGAUGCUUGUGGAAAUGGAGGGAAGGAAGUGCUCUUUCAAUCAGGACCAAAACAUCCAUGGCUCAUGAGAUAUUAUCGUGAAAAUGCAGUUCACCCUUAUGCUUCGACAAUGGCUGAAGAAAUCUUUCAGGCAAAGUUGAUUCCCUCCGAUACUGAUUUUCGUAUUUUUCGAGAAUUUGGAGGAGUUCCAGGUUUAGACUUUGCUUAUACUUACAAUGGUUAUGUCUAUCAUACCGAACAUGAUCGAGCUGAUAUUGUUCCAAUGGGAAGUCUACAAAAUACUGGUGAUAAUAUUCUUGCUGUUGCAAAGGCUAUUGCAAAUGCACCGGAAAUGUACAAUACAAAAGAAUACGAAGAUGGUCACGUUGUGUUCUACGACUUCUUCGGGUGGUUUAUCAUCUUCUAUACUCAAACUGUCAGCACAAUUAUCAAUCUAGUCGUUUCUUUCGCCGCUCUCGUUGCUAUUGGAACUUCUAUAUUCUUUAUGAUUGUUCGUUCGGGACUUGGAGUAAAUGAUAUUUUGAAACGUUUUGCUUUAGUUAUUGGUCUUCAAGUUGUUGCAUUACUUCUGGGUACUGCACUAUCACUUCUUGUUGCGCUAUUCAUGGAUGCCAUCAAUCAUUCUCUAACGUGGUUCUCACAAAUGUGGCUUCUUAUUGGAUUGUAUUUUUGUCCAAUGUUCUUCGGAAUGGGAAUUGUUCCAGCCAUUUACUGUCAGUACAAGAAAAGGGAUCAACUCAGUUUGGGAUUCAGAAUUCAAAUGUUUAUGCAUGCUCAUUGUGUGCUCUUGGUAAUUCUAACUUUGGCUAUAACCUGUUGUGGUUAUCGAUCAGGUUUUAUGCCGAUGUUGGCAGUACUUUUUGAUGUUGUUGCUUUGAUAGUUAAUUUGAUCACCAAAUGGCAUCGAAGAGCUUAUAUUUUUGCUUUGACUGUUAUCAUCUGUCAAAUUUUGCCGUUCAUUUAUUUUACCAACAUUUCCUACUCAUUUUUUUACACCAUGGUUCCGAUGAUGGGACGUAAUGGUUCUGGAAUCAAUCCGGAUUUGAUGAUGGCUGCCUUGGCUGUAUUCAUGUCAAUGUUGUUUGCUGGAUUUUUGAUACCACUUAUUCUCUUCUUCCGUAAGACAAGAAUAUUGGUUUCGGGAUUUCUUGUGGUCACCCUUGUGUUCAUCAUUAUUUCUCUGACUCCAGCUGGAUUUCCAUAUCAAGAGAAAACUGCUGUUCAGAGGUUUAAUUUAAUUCACGCUAGACGAGUUCUUCAUGAUUUUGAUUCAUCAGUAAGAAUUGGUGAUUCUGGAAUCUAUGUUUGGCCCCAGGAUAGAAGAACAUCAACUGUUAAUGAUUUAGUUCCGGUGAUGACGAAAGGACAAAAAGUUAUUGACUUUUGUAAGACUGAGAUGUUUUGCGGAGUUCCAGCCUACAAUCAUAGAUGGAAUAAAGACAGGGAUCAUAGUUUUUGGAUAGAUUUCAGUGAACCAAAUAUUCCAUCAGUUCCCGAACUGGAACUUUUAUCGAAAGAAGUCAGUCCUUUUUCAGCAAGAUUUGUUUUCAAGUUUUCAGGGCCCGAUCACAUGACAAUUUUUGUUGGUACCAAAAGUGAUGCCCAGAUUAAAAGUUGGAGUUUCAAUGACACAGCAAUUCGAGAGAAUUGGGAACAGCCAUAUUUUAUUUAUUUCUCAUAUGGCAAGGAUUCAACUCCUCUGGAAUUUUUCAUUGACAUUGAGAAAACUUCUGGAAAUUUUUCGGAACCAAAUAUCGAAAUUGGAAUAGGAGCACAUUGGGUUCAUAAGAAUGCACAAAAUACAAAAGAAUUUGAAGAAUUCCUUGACUCAUUUCCUGUGUGGGCUUAUGUCAACAAUUGGGUGGCUUCUUAUGAAAGUUGGGUAUUUUAGAUAAAGUAUAAGGCGAGGUGUAGAAAUGACUGCCAGCAUUAACAAUGUCACAUUUAUGUAUAAGUUGUGAUGUUUUAUGAAAUGUGAUUUCUAUUUUUGUUAAGAUAAUUUGUUAGAUUGUAACAAUCUCGUUAUUUAUUCAUUUAAAUUAAUUAAGUAAAUAAUUUAAUUUUAAGAAAUAAUAAUGAUUACUCAUCAUACACGGCCUUUGUUAUGAUAUUAAAAUAUAAUUUAAUAAAUAAUUUUAUUUAAACUAAAGAAAA